AUGGUGUACUAUUACACGUCCGCCGUGGUCGACCCGCCGGGCUUCAUCUAUGUCGGCAAGGACAAGUUUGAGAACGAGGACCUCAUCAAAUUCGGCUGGGACGAAGACGUCUGGUUUCACGUAGACAAGCUCUCCAGCGCACACAUUUACCUCCGGAUGAACGAGGGCCAGCAAUGGGACUCACUCCCUGAGAACCUCGUCAUGGAUCUUGCCCAGCUCACAAAAGCCAAUUCCAUCGAGGGUUCGUCUUCCCUCUCACUCUCCGCCCAAGCCUCCCCCCAAAUCCCAUCACAACUAACAUCAAAUUCCUCCCCUCAAGGUAACAAAAAAGACAACAUCACCGUCAUAUACACGCCCUGGUCCAACCUUAAAAAGGACGGCUCCAUGGACAUUGGCCAAGUUUCGUUUAAAAACCCACGUCUCGUGAAACGCGUCCUCGUGUCAGAGCGCGAAAACGCAAUCGUCAACCGGCUGAACAAGACCAAAACCGAGGUCAAGCAGCCCGAUUUCAAGCAGCAAAAAGACGACCACGAUAAAGAAAUUCGUCGCAAAGCCAACGCCGCUCUGCAAGUCAAGAAAAAGGAAGAGGCGCGACAGGCGCAGGAGUGGAAGGAGAAGAAAUGGCAAAAGGAGCAUGCGUAUGAUGAUUUGUUUACAGAGGAGAAUAUGGAUAUGCAAAGUAACCAGAACCGCAGCGAGGAUUGGGAGGAUGAUUUCAUGUAG